AGUUCAGUCUGUGAACACUGAUAGUAUCCUAGUAGGACUAAAAAUGGGAAGGGAGGCUACUCCUUUUGCAGCAAACAAAGCUACAACUUCUGUGAACUAUAAGGGCAAAUUCAGUUUGUUGCUUCUUACCAUCCAGACAUCCUAGAUUUCUUCCUGUCAUUGGCAUGAAGAAUAAAGAUGCAGCGAAGAAAGAACAGAGAAGAUGAUAGCUUGUUUACAGAAGAACAUGAUCUCAAAGAAGCCAAUUAUGGGAGCUUAAAAAAGAAUCCUGAGUCAAAAAUAAAGGAGUACAUUUAUGAAACCAUGGCCUUUGGGCCCGAGAAGAUUGUUAAGUUGUCCUCUUAUGAAAGCCUAGGUGGCAACUCUGAGCAUAACUCAAAGGAUGUUAACCAGUCCAAGCAGAAGAACGUGGAGGGUGACAGAUAUUGGAGGUUAUCCACGACCUCUCUUAAGGUCCCACAGUGGAAUAAAGGCUGCCUUGUAAACAGCACUGCAAACUUCUUCAGUGAUGAAAAGACCAGGAUAGACUUCAUCCUUGUAUGGGAAUCAGAUGGCCAGAAUCCAGAGGGUCAAAAAGAAGAGAAUGAUUAUCCAAAAUCCAAACAAAAGAGAUCAUUUGAAAUUCACAAAGAAUGGCGGGAGAAAUUUCUGCAUAAGCUCCAGAUGAAGGGGAUCAGAAUUGAAAAGCAUGCAGCCCAACAUACAAAGAAGGUGAUCCACUUUAUAUUGUUGAAUGCUCCCUGGAGUGUGCUAUGUUACUAUGCUGAAGACCUCAGGCUGAGAGUCCCCUUGCAGGCUAUGCCCAUUGAACCUGAAAUCAACUGGUCUCAUAGGAUUCUGAUGAAACUGGGCAUCCCUAAUUUACUCUAUGAGGAGGUUCCUGACAUUCCCUUAGAUAACUACACCUGUCAUUUUAAAGCAAACAAGUUACCCUGGUUCCGUGGAAGUGAUAACCAUGAGACUUUCUUCAGUAGUACACAACGGCAUAGAAUACUGUAUGAGAUCCUGUCCACUACAUCCUAUGGCAAUCCAAAGGCAGGGCAGGUUGGAAUAGAAAGGAUGCUGAAUGAGGAAGUCUUCACAGCUGCAUUUCCACUACAUGAUGGUCCAUACAAGAUGUCAUCAGAGGAAGAGCCCACUAACCUACUUAAUCAGAGGCAAAUUCUUUUCCAUUAUUGGGCCCGGUGGAGUAAGUGGAAGAAAUAUCAGCCUUUGAAUCAUAUCCGCAGGUACUUUGGAGAGAAGAUUGCUCUCUACUUUGCCUGGCUUGGUUUCUACACAGCAUGGCUUCUUCCAGCAGCUAUAGUGGGAACACUGGUCUUCAUAAUUGGCAUUUUUAUGAUGUUUCAUGACAUUCCAACACAGGAAAUCUGUUCCAGUGGUGACAAAUACAAGAUGUGCCCAAUUUGCAAAGUCUGUCCUUAUUGGAAUCUAUCUACUGUCUGCCCCAUGUUUCAGGCUGGCCGUCUCUUUGACCAUGGUGGCACUGUUUUCUUCAGCAUCUUCAUGUCUCUGUGGGCAGUCACGUUUCUUGAGUACUGGAAACGAAUGAAUGCUACCCUGACAUACCGCUGGGAUUGUUCAGAUUUUGAGGACACUGAGGAACGUCCACGACCCCAGUUUGCUGCUUUGGCUCCCAUGACAACUAUAAACCCAAUUACUGGAGAGGAGGAGCCCUAUUUCCCAAAGCGGACUCGAUUCAACAGAAUCAUCACUGGAUCAAUGGUCAUCAUCGUUAUGAUUGCUGUGGUAAUAAUAUUCCUGAUUUCCGUUAUCCUUUACCGGGCCAUCAUUGCUGUAAUUGUAUCCAGGUCCCGGAACUUCCUACUUGUAUCUUCGGCUUCUCGUAUUGCUAGCCUGACAGGCUCAGUAGUGAAUCUCCUUUUCAUCCUCCUCCUCUCGAAAAUUUACAUUGCACUGGCACUUUUUCUUACGAAGUGGGAAAUGCAUCGCACCCAGACCAAAUUUGAAGAUGCCUUCACUUUUAAAGUCUUUAUUUUUGAGUUCAUCAAUUUCUAUUCAUCUCCCAUCUACAUUGCCUUCUUUAAGGGCAGGUUUGUUGGUUAUCCAGGCCACUAUGACAAAUUACUGGGCAUACGCAAUGAGGAUUGUGCUCCAGGUGGCUGCCUCAUUGAACUUGCUCAGGAACUUCUUGUCAUCAUGGUGGGAAAGCAAGUAAUUAACAACAUUCAAGAAAUCCUUAUCCCGAAGUUGAAAACAUGGUGGUAUAAGCGAGAUCUUUCUGAAAGAAAUAAGACAAGCCAAGACAACUUCACGAAGCAACUCUGGGAGAAUGAUUAUAAACUGCUGCCCUAUAAUGGGCUUUUCGCUGAAUAUUUGGAAAUGGUUCUGCAAUUUGGCUUCAUUACUAUCUUUGUUGCUGCCUGCCCCUUGGCCCCUCUUUUUGCUUUACUUAACAAUUGGGUGGAAAUUCGUUUGGAUGCUCAGAAGUUUGUUUGUGAAUAUCGACGUCCAGUUGCAGAGCGGACCCAGGGCAUUGGCAUCUGGUUUCAUAUCCUGGAGGUCAUCACACACUUUGCAGUUAUUAGUAAUGCCUUCCUGAUUGCCUUCACUUCUGACUUCCUUCCUCGGCUCUAUUACCAGUACACUCGGGCUAGCAAUCUACAGGGCUACAUUGAUUUCACCCUGGCCUAUGCCCCUAAAUCUUUUGACCUGAAGAGCAAUAUCACAUGCAGGUACCGAGCCUAUAGAGAACAGAAUGGCAGGUAUUCACUACCUUAUUGGAAUCUACUGGCAAUCCAACUUGGCUUCAUCAUUGUAUUUGAGCAUGUAGUUUUCUUCAUUGCACGUAUGAUUGAUAUGAUGGUACCUGACAUCCCAGAAGCAGUGGCAAUAAAAGUAAAGCGAGAACAGUAUCUUGCUAAACAAGCCCUGGCUGAGAAUAAGGCUCUCAUUGAAGUGAUAGAUGUUGUCAAUCCAACCCAGCCUGUGGAGAAGGUAUCAAAAUAAACAUUUGAAGAUCUGAGAAGGAUGUGGCCGAGAUCAGAUUAUCAAGCUUCCACACAAGGGUAACCUUCAUGGAGGAAGCACUGUGUAAGCUGGCAUAGUAUGGAUAUAGAGCUGUUAAUUAUGUAACAUAUUGCAGGUGUAGAAUGUGCCUCAAAUCUUUAAAGCGUCAGGAACUUCAUCCAUAUUUACCAAAGUAGCGAUUUCAUGUUUCUUGGAUAAAAACAGUACAGAGAAAAUUACAAGACAUAUGUAAGAAUUUUCAAUCUGUUUCUCUCCUAUCAUAGAGGUGACUUCUAAAUAUAGUGAAAUUCAGUUGACUACUACUAAGCUCAGCUGUUAUUUAUGAUAAUAUAGGAAUCUCUUGGUUUAAAGGCAGCACAUUUUCCAAAUAGUAGGAACCUGCAACACUAGAACAACUCAUACUGGUUUGCUUUCUUUAGUAAAAGAAAAGCAGAUUAGCGGAUAUAGCAGCAUGACUUUUGUAGCAUAUGACUCUAGUCAUAUGCUGAAGAUUACUGCCAUAUAUGAAGUCAAUUAUGAAAAGAAAACUUGCUUUCAGCUAUGUAAGAGGGUUUUUUUUCCUACAAAAGAAACAUAGGGUUGUAAUCAUCUUCACAUCCAAAUCUCUUUUAGCUGGAAUAAUGUUUCAACAAUAUGCAUGAACCAUGAACCUGCAAUCUUUAUCAUGCUUAAAUCAAUAUCCUUGCUGACAGAA